UUCCAUUGCAUCCUUUCCUCAUUAGCAGCUCUAAGACUCAUGGCAACACUGGGGUUGCAGCCAUCAAAAACGCAUUUGUUUCUAUGUUUCCACAAGGUCCAGGCUUCCAGAAUGAUAAGGGAAUCAAGCCCUUUUCUAGUGAGCCCAGCAGCAAUAUUCCCCACCGAUUCCCACCAGCCUAGAUAUGAGCCAACAUCAGGUUGAGGAGCCAAAGAAUGCAGACCGAAAUUCCGUAACAACAGGUACCAGAAUUCCCUGGAGAAGGAACAGGUAACAAGGAGAUGAUCAAUAGUUUCAUCUUCUUGAUCACAAAAGGGGCACUUUUCAGGAUGACUCAGCCCUCUUUUAGCAAGUCUAUCCGCUGUCCAGAGACGAUUUUGUGCAACCAGCCAGAUGAAGAAACGACAUUUUGGCAAGGCAAAUAGACAUUGGUAUUGCACACACCAAUUUUGGCAACAAUCAAAAUGGUAGCCAUGGUAAGGUUCAUAGGGAUCCAAACCAAAUAGUUCUCAAGAGUCAAGAGUCCUAUGGUGGUGCGGCCAAGCAGAUGUCUGUUGUCUCCUCCCCUGUCCCCUCUCUUCCUGCCACUCCUGUUUCAUCCUAGUGAAGCAGAGAUCCAUCCAUCCUGACCUUGAUUGGCUGAUUCUUCUGCUGCGACCAAUCUGAGUCCAUCCGUUCUGGUCUCGAUUGGUUCGUUCAUUCUGUUGGUUGUUCUUCUCUGGCGCUCAAGGCCAUAUCCUUGGUAACCGAUUGAUUAAGGUGCGGGCACAACUCUUUUUUGGGGGUGGGGGUUGGUCUGUUGCCAUGACAAGUCCAUGCAUGGUGUGGAGAUCACCAAUGAGGUGCUUAAGAGCGUGAAGAUAGGGUUGACCUUCCAAGGAAUGGUAGAAUUAGUUCUAUGGAUUUUCACAGCAAGGCUACCAACUAUCUUGUGACAGCUAGCGACGAUGAAUCAAUCCGCCUAUACGACACUCAAAAUGCAGUAUGUUUGAAGACUAUUAAUAGCAAAAAAUAUGGGGUCGAACUAGUGUGCUUCACUGAUAACCCAAAUAUUGUCUUAUAUUCAUCAAAAAAUGGCUGGGAUGAAUCUCUGCGUCUACUCUCACUGAAUGAUAAUCGGUUUCUUAGAUAUUUUAAAGGUCACCUUGACAGGGUUGUCUGCAUCUCAUUUUGCUCUGAGAAAGAAAAUUUUCUCUCUGGUUCACUUGACCGUACUGUUCUCUUAUGGGAUCAACGGGCUGAAAAAUCACAGGGCUUACUGCGUGUGCAAGGGAGGCCUGCAGUUUCAUAUGACGAUCAGGGCAUGGUAUUUGCAGUUGCCUAUGGUGGUCACAUAAGGAUGUUUGAUGCUCGAAAAUUUGAAAAGGGGCCUUUUGAGAUCUUCUCUGUUGGUAAUAACGAUUCAGAGGCCCAUGUCAUAAAGUUCAGCAGUGAUGGCAGGCGGAUUCUGUUAACCACUAAAGCUGGACGUGUCCAUGUGCUAGAUUCAUUCCAUGGCAAUAGCAUUGCGUCGUGCAAUGUGAAGCCAGUGGUAACCAACUCAACACUGGAGGCGUCGUUCAGCCCUGAUGGAAACCAUAUCAUAUCUGGCUCCGGUGACGGUAGUGUUUAUGCUUGGAAUGUUAGGAGUGGAAAGGUCGCGCGCUGGGGAAGCACAGACGACGAACCGCCGCUGGUAAGGUGGGCUCCAGGAUCCUUGAUGUUCGUGACAGGAUCAUCAGAACUGUCAUGCUGGGUUCCGGACCUGUCUAAGCUGGGAUCCUUUACCAUUAGCAAGUAGGUGAAAAUGAUGAGAGGUGGACUGCCCUUGCAAACCCUGUUCGUCCCUGUAUGGUAUGUCGUGUGGCUGGUUGAAGCGACUCAUCCUUUAGCCAGGUGGCCGUGGUAAACUUGCAACCUGUUACAAUUGAAUGACUUGUAUAGAGCAUCGGCUGUGGCGAUCUGGCUUCUGAAGCCAGCGGCUAGACAAUGAAGAUGGAUCCAUGCUUUAGUUCUGUAAACCGGAGAUUGUAGCUGAGUAUUGCUGUAUCUCUUUGUUUCUGGAAGGCGUCUUGGCUCGUAAAGAUUCUGCAACUCAGAGCAGAUGGCUAAUAUAUAGAGAGAGCAAAGAAACAAUGGAUAGCUGGGCUGGUUGUUCUGUUUUCAGUUGGAUUCCUUGUACUGACGUGUGAUUCCGUUGUGCAUGCACCGAUUCAUAUUUCA